AUGGCCAGAUCCCGCGCUAAGGCCGAUGCGCGUCGCGGUAAAUACGAGUCGCUCGAUAGCGAGAUCCCUGACGAAGCGACCGAUACGCCUGCGAGUCCGGAGUACAGCUCCGGCGCCAAUGCGAAUGCGAAUACUGUGAGACCACCGCCGAAUACUGAGAAGGACCUACCGCAUCCUGACGACCUCGAUUUGUUGUCGUCUGGCGAUGAGCUCGAGAACGUGACCAGUGCCGACGUCAAGCUCCUACCCUUGCCUCCGCAUGAUACGAGAAAAGGACCGGUACGUGGUCGAUAUGCGCACGGGCAUGGCUCGGUCAGAUUCGAGACGCCUGGUGAAAGCUCGUCGAGUUCGCGGGAACCAAGCCAAAGCGAAGGAGAUGCAGUCCCCGUGCCGACGGAACAGCGAGAUGUCGGGAAGCGAAUUGAGAAAUUCCUUGAGACGGAACGACGGAAUGUUCUCGCGGAGGCGUUCCGGACGGAUAUCGAGGAUGCCAAUACCGACUUUGUGCUUAGUGAUGAAGAGGAUGACUACGGGGUUCCAUUGAAGGACGAGCCGAAGUGGAUGUCUAGAUGGCGUGCUGUGUUCGGCCAGCGGUCCUGGUGGCACAUUCUCUUCUUUGCUGUCGCUGCUAUUAUGGCCAUGUGGCUGGCCAUGAAAGGACUUGUUUGGAUCCGUGGGGAGAGGAAUGUGGAGGGUAACUAUCACUCUGUGCCUUGGUAUCCUACUCCGCUGGGCGGUACGAGCCCGGCUUGGAGGGAGAGUUAUCAGAAGGCAAAAGGGAUGGUUGAGAGGAUGAGUCUAAUCGAGAAGGUCGGCGUUACGACGGGAACGGGCUGGGAGAUGGGCCUUUGUGUGGGCAAUACUGAAGCUGCUGCGUCUGUUGGCUUCCCCUCCCUGUGUCUCCAGGAUGGCCCCCUCGGCCUACGAUUCGCAGACAACAUCACUGCAUUCCCUGCUGGUAUCACGACAGGAGCUACAUGGAACCGUGCUCUGAUGCGGGCUCGAGGAUCCUCCCUCGGCCGGGAAGCUCGCGCCAAGGGUGUGAAUGUUCUCCUCGGUCCAUCCAUCGGUGCAAUGGGAUUGAUGCCAGCUGGUGGUCGGAACUGGGAAUCCUUCGGGUCUGAUCCUGUUCUGCAGGCUGUUGCUGCAGCCGAGACUAUCCAAGGCAUUCAGCACAUCGGUGUGAUGGCCACAGCGAAACACUUCGUUCUCAAUGAACAGGAACAUUUCCGUCAACCAAACGAGGGAAGUGCCUAUGCUGUCUCAUCUAACAUCGACGACCGUGCCCUCCAUGAGGUCUUCGUUUGGCCUUUUGCAGAGAGUAUCCGAGCGGAUGUUGCCAGCGUGAUGUGUGCAUAUCAACGGGUCAAUAGCAGCUAUUCUUGUGAAAACAGUAAACUGCUUAACGGGAUCCUCAAAGAUGAACUCGGUUUCCAGGGCUUCGUCCAGUCUGACUGGCUAGCACAGCGGUCCGGCGUGCAGAGUGCUCUCAGUGGCCUCGAUAUGAGCAUGCCCGGUGAUGGUCUUGGAUGGGCAGAUGGUAAAGCUCUUUGGGGACCGCAAAUGACUGCCGCAGCGCUGAACACAUCUGUCCCUAUGGACCGCUUGAACGAUAUGGUAACUCGUAUUGUUGCAUCAUGGUUUCAUUUCCGUCAAGACCUAUGGGAGGGCGGCCCCAACUUUUCAUCGUGGACAAACGAGACGAUGGGCAGACUACAUCCCGGCAGCCCAGAUGAUGAUUCCUGGGAGGCCGUCAAUCACUUCGUCAACGCGCGCAAGUCCCCUGGAUCCAAGCUGCAUUCUGAUGUCGCUCGACAAGUUGCGGCCGAGGGCACCGUUCUCUUGAAGAACGUGAACAGCACACUCCCGCUCUCUCGAAAGGUCUCCAGCCCGAAUGGAAAAUAUCGUAUCGGUAUCUAUGGCGAAGAUGCAGGUCCUGGAAACGGACCUAACGCUUGCGCUGAUCGCGGCUGCAAUCAGGGAACUCUCGCCUCGGGCUGGGGCAGCGGCGCCGUGGACUUCCCCUACCUCGUCAGUCCCUGGGAAGCUCUUAAAUUCGCAUGGCCAGCCGACAAGGUCGAGGUCAAAGACUACCUGACCAAUAAUGUCGCCUACGAAAACCUGCUCGAGCAAGACCUGUGCAUCGUAUUUGUAAACUCCGACGGCGGCGAAGGCUUCAUCCACAGCGACGACAUCAACGGUGAUCGCAAUGACUUAUUCUUACAACGCAACGGCACAGAACUAGUCGACGGCGUCGCACGACAUUGCGGAGGUGGCCGAGGCCGCACCGUCGUCGUGGUACACUCCGUCGGUCCCGUCGUGCUAGAGCCCUGGAUCGACCUCCCAGGCGUUCACGCCGUUCUCUACGCGAACCUGCCCGGCCAAGAAAGUGGCCACGCCCUCGUCGACGUGCUCUUCGGUGACGUCGACGCCAGCGGCCGUCUGCCCUACACCAUAGGUCGAUCUCUGGAGGACUACGGGCCUGGUGCGCAAAUCCUGUACGAGACCGACGAUCGUGCUCCCCAGAUGGACCUGAGUCAGGGUUUGUACAUGGAUUAUCGAUACUUUGAUCGGCACAACAUCACGCCGCGCUAUGAGUUCGGUUACGGACUUUCCUACACGACCUUUGAGUUCGCAGAUCUUCGCAUCAACCCCCUUCAGGAGAAGUCUCGGCUGCCGCAUUCGCGCGUCGAUAGCGAUAUCGAUCCCCCUUCCUACCCCCGACGCCGUGAACGGGCGGAGGACUGUCUCUUCCCGAAGGACCUGAAGGUUCUUUCCAAAUACAUCUAUCCCUACCUACGCGAUACAUCCGGCACCGAAAAGGGCGAAUACCCCUACCCAGACGGCUACGACACGAAACAAAAACCAUCUGAGGCAGGAGGCGGACUGGGCGGAAAUCCAUCUCUGUGGGAAGCCAUGCUCGAACUCUCCGUUAAGGUAACCAACACCGGCAAACGGGCGGGCAAAGAAGUCGUCCAGAUCUAUGUCUCCUUCCCAGACGAGGUAGUCGAACACCGCGGCAUAAGCUGGACGCGCGAAAAGAUCGACUUUCCCGUCCGUGUGCUCCGCAACUUUGAGAAAGUGACUCUCGAGGCGGGCGAGAGCACCGUCGUCAAUAUGACACUCUCGCGGAAGGAUCUCAGUUACUGGAGUGUUCGCGCGCAGAACUGGGUCCUGCCUACAGAUGGCGCGUUUAAAAUCUGGGCUGGACGCAGUUCUCGGGACUUGCCGCUCGUGGCUGACUACUAG